GCACCAUCCUCCAUCGCAAUUCAUCGCCAGUGAACCAACUUUCUCCCUCUCUGGUCGCCACAUUUCGCCAUGCAUGCCUACGCACAAUCCGCUUCUCUCGCAAAUUUUCUCGCUCUCCCAAAGGGGGGUUCAUUUUUAUGUUUUUCCUUCUUCUCGCUCCGACCAACAACCCGUCCAACCACCCAUCGACCAUAGCUCUGGCACUGCUCUCGCUGCUGUCCCGUCUCCACCACCUCAUUAUUGGGGCAGUCCCGUCGUCUUCGUCGUCCACCGCGCCGCCACCACCGCCACCGCUCCCCUAAAAUCAUCCACCCGUCCUUCCUCCUCGCUCGCUGCUCCCGUACCCAGCCCGCAUCGCAUUGUGGGGCGACCGGGUUUUCUUCGGGGGGUUUCUCUGCUGCUUCGCACACGCUGACUCCGAUUGGGGACGGUGGAGCAGAGCCCCUUGCAGAGGUACCCUCUCGUCGGUCGGUUCGGUACGAGAGUUGGACGACGGUUGGUUGGUUGGGAGGUAAACGUUCGCCACCAGACGAUGGUGGGUUUCAGUUUAGUUUUUGUUUCGGUUCGCGCAUCAUGUGGAAAAGCCGCGGUCCGCGCCCCGAACCACUAGGAACAGCAGCAGAAUAGGAGAGCAGAGCGAACCGGAGACGAAGACGAAAAAGACGGAGGAUAUCGUGAAGAAGCAUCGGCAUCAUCGAGUUUUCGCGCGAGGGCGACAUUAUCCUGUGCGAGGUAUCCUGUGGAAGUACGGAAGGAAGAUCCACGCCGCGCGGUGGACUGCUUCUUUUUUUGGUUGUGGGAGAGUGAGACUUCGUGCCGAUAGAACGGGAUAUCCUUUGGUGAGGACCGGGACCGUAGAACGAGACCAGCUGCGUCGACGAAAGGAUACGGAUCGGUGUCGAUGCCGAACCAGUGUGGGAUUGGGCUACUGGGAGCUGUGAGUGAACUACCCUGAGCAGGACACAACCUAGGAUCUAAGGCGGAUAAGUUGUUCAAAAAUACCUCAAUUGUGUAGAAGAGCAAGCACGACAUUGACGAAGGACGAAGCAUUACGAAGGAUUACAGUGAUUCAGGUUACGAGGAAGAAACGAAGCAAAACCCUAAACUGUGAUAAAGUGAAACUCAAGAAAAUUUCGCAAGGAAUAACCGGAUAAAGUGCAGAAGUCAUUCCCAAAAAAUCGAUUUUUAUUUAUUCGGCAGAAGCAAACACAAAUCAAAAGUUCGAAGAAACAACCGGAAACCUCAAAGUACAAAAGCAGAUGAAUUUAUUUUAAUAGGUGUAACAGAAAAGCAAAAUUUUCGGAAUUUUCUAUUGACGAAGAAAAGUGAAAAAUACACUAUAAAAAUAAUUCGGUGAAAGGAAGAGAAUCCUCCCAUACGGCAAGAGCAAUCCGCGAGAGAAAGUGAGAAGUAUCCAGUGACACAGUUCUAUUCCAAGAAUUUCUGUAAACUCAAAAAGUGUAAUUCAAAUUUCCCAGAAAUUCCAACAUCGAAGCAGAAUUUCAAAACCCUAAAAAACAAACCCAAGUGUCGGAAAAUAUUCAACCUCAUCAACCAGAAAAAAAAAUCACCAAAAUCCAUUACCCGCGUGUGCGUAAGUGUUCGAGUGCGUUCAUCCAUCACCAUCCGUUGUGGUUGGUAGCUGUCCAGCAGAUCUUGUCCCCGGAGCUGGUCGCAACGCCCUCCACGCCGAACUCCUCGCGCGAAAUUCCGCCUGUGGAACCCAAUUUUGUGUAAUCCUCCCCCGACCAAUACAGAGAGAACGAGUGAGAGAGUGUGUAAGAGCGUAAAAGACCCCCGCGCGCACCAGGACACUGUGCCACUUCGCGAAGAUCCUUCGCAGGGAAAAGUGCCUCUCCUGUUUCCGCGCACCUCGACCCUACGCGAACCGCAAGCCACGUGGACUCCUCACCGGGCCCCAACUUGGACUAAGACCCAACCAGUGCCAGUGGUAGUGUUCUACAGCGGACCGGAUCCUGCCAACAACUGAGGAUUGCAGUUCUUUAAAAAGAUCUCCCGACCUGGAUGCCGCAGCAGCAGUCAUUUUUUGAGUCUACCGGAUCCAAAAAGCCUUCAACAUCAUCGCCAGGAGUAUAAUGUCCAGUGGUGAACCGGACUCGGCUGGUUCCCAUGGACUAGGACUUGCAGUUACGCUAGGCGGGGGCUCGUCGACCACCUCCUCAACGACCGGCUCGACACUCUCCAUCAUGGAGCCCCCGGCAAGUAUCAUCAUGAAGGCCAAGGAAGAGCCGGACUGUGAUAUGGAGCGGAACAUAGACUCCAGCAUGGAUAGUAGCGCCUUGGCCACGUGUCUUUCGACGACGAUCUCGGCCCUACGAGCUAGUCACAAUGCCAGUCUCAGCGAGGCGAACCGCGGCAACAACGGCGACGACAACCUCUCGGACAAUUCGGAACCAACGAGCGAACAGCGAGCUUCGGCUGCCGCCCAACUCCUAGAAAGCCUAAAGAACAACCUCAACAACAACAACAACUCGAGUGCAAUUAACAACAACAACCUGCUACACCCAAACAACAACAAUAAUAACAACAAUGGCAACCGGAAACUCUUCGAAUGCGAUGUGUGCAAUAUGAAGUUUUCCAAUGGCGCCAACAUGCGUCGGCACAAGAUGCGACACACCGGCGUAAAGCCCUACGAAUGCCGCGUCUGUCAGAAGCGAUUCUUCCGCAAGGACCACCUGGCGGAGCACUUUACCACACACACCAAAACACUGCCCUACCAUUGUCCGAUCUGCAAUCGAGGUUUCCAAAGACAGAUAGCCAUGCGCGCACAUUUCCAAAACGAGCACGUCGGUCAGCACGAUCUCGUCAAAACCUGCCCUCUCUGCAGCUACCGAGCGGGAACGAUGAAGUCCCUCCGGGUACACUUCUUCAACAGGCACGGCAUCGACCUGGACAACCCAGGCCCAGGAACGCCCUCGUCCCUCCUGCUCGCCCUAGAUCAGCACAAUCCAGCCAACCUCUUGCCGGCUCUGGCCGCCAUGAACGCCGUCAACGCGUUCAGCGAUUCCGGUGACUCGAUGCGUUCGGUAGACAACGGGACACCACCGAUGCACUUCCUCACGCCGCACGUGGAGAUCUCGAUGGCGGACAACAACGAGGUGGCCCUCAACUGCAGCAGGGAUGCCCUGAACGGCAUCAACAGCGGUAACGAACCGAGCAGCGCAGGGUCCAACAAUGGGAGCGAUCGCCGCGACGACCGCAUCAACGACCGAAGCACUCCGACCCCAUCGAUUUCCUCCGGAUUGGACAUCAAGGCUAUCGUGCGGCCCCCGAACGGCGGAUCGCCUUCGUCACCGCACUCGGCCGACUCCAAUGCACCCUCCAGUUCCCACUUGUCCUCCAUGCUUCCAUCUCAAGUACAAAGCUCAAGGCACAUUAUUUUUGAUAACUCUAUUACACCGUCAAUCAGCCUGAUUCCGAUCAAACAGGAACCCACGACAAACGAUGAGUACAAUGAAACCAAACCACGAAGUAUAAGCACUUCGGAAAACCAGACCUCCAACAUUAGCAAUUCGAGCGACACGACUGUGACACCGUCUUCCAGCCUUACGUCGCUGAUCAAGUCUCUCUUGUCUCCGUUUUCCCUGCAGGUGUCCCCACUCAAGUCGCUUCUCCGCGAGGAUCUCAAACGGCGAAUCACGGCCCGGGCCACGAACCGCGCCAACCGCAACGGGCUGCUUACCUCACCGAACCCGGCCAGCAGUCCGAUUCCGAACAGCUGCAACAACGCUACCUCCUCCCCGGCCCCGGAAUGUGGCACCUCGUCGAGCAGUUCCAGCAGCAGCAGUAGUAGUAGUAGCAGCAGUGGCAUCGGCACCAGCGUCAACGGUACCUCCAGCAGCAGUAGCAGCUGCGGUAUCAGCAAUAGCGCAACGGCCGUCGCCGUGGCAACUACCUCAAACGGGACCAUCACGUCGACGGGGCCGGAAACCGACAUGCUGCUGUCCGGGGGACCGAAGUCCAAGCGGCACCUGCAGUGCCUGUUCUGCGGCAUCGAGUUCCCCGACCAGACGCUGUACUUCCUCCACAAGGGCUGCCACAGCGAGAGCAACCCGUGGAAGUGCAACAUCUGCGGCGAGCAAAUGUGCAACGUCUACGAGUUCAACUCCCAUCUGCUCAGCAAGAGCCAUCAAUGAUGUUAGGCGAGGGAAAGAGAAACAUGUUGCUGGUAAUGUUUCUCUUUUUCUGAUCGCUUAACCAAAACCUUCAGAAACCAACACUUCAACCAAGAAAAAAUCCAGACAUAACGAGAAGAACAACACUCACACCAAGAACCGAACAAACCAAGAACAAUAGCGAUUUUCUCUGACUUUCUAUAUGGGUUGGACUGAAUCUCUUUUCUCCUCAUCCGCGGAAGCGAAUAUGCUUUUCGAUUCUUUUAGUUUCCGUAAAAUCAAUAGUAGAGCAGUGGUGAACAAACUCAAAGACAGGGAUUAACACAAGUGAUGCAAAUCGUAGUCGUAACUGACUUUAAAGUGUUUGUUAGUAACAAAUCGAGAAUUCACCUCAUUUUCGGAGAUCCUAGCUUCUAACUAUUACUAUGUUGCUUCUAAAAUCUUUUACUUAUCAACUUUACUUUAUUCUCCUAUCCUAAAAAAAGCUAAAAACCUGCGAGGAGAAAAGUUACAAAUUGUUGAAAUGCAAAAACAAGAGAGAAAAGUAUAUUUAUUGUCCGUCCAAUAGAGUUAAAUCAAAGGAAAAAAAGAAACAAAGAUGGGAAACACGUAGAAAUGGAACACACUCACACAAACACACACACACACACACACAAAUAGCCAAAGGUAGAAACAAACAAGAGUUUGAACAAAACAAACGCGAGGGAGAGAGAGAGAGAGAUAGUGAGAGAGAGUUGAAAAAGAGGUUCGCGUUAGCGCGCACGAACACGGUCACGACGACACGACGGUGGUGAACGAUUUCCGCCUCUUUGUGCACCACAUUUGGCUUUGCCUUCCUGGGUGGCCAUUUGGCCGUUGCGACAGCUAGGUAUUGUGAGUAGCCAGAAAACAACGACCAAAGUGUAGGAGUAUCUCAAGUGAAGUAUUGUUCAAACAAAAUAGGAGGUUGAGCACUCACAAACACUUGUAACUAGGAACAACAACAAGAGUAACACACGAACACUGUAGCAAUAGUGAAUGGCCGGUAGGAAAGCAAUACCAGCGAGCCGAAAUGUGGACGACAACGAAAAACUGAUUGACCGAGGAAGUUUGGGAGUUGAACGAUAAAGUUGAGCUACAACUACAACUAAAAUGUCUA